GCAGCCCGCUCCAGCUGCAGCUGGGCCUCAAGUCCUAUAACUGCCACCAGCUUGCUUGGACACCAGGCACUGAGUCCCAGACUACUGCAUGCCAUGGCCAUGAAGGUAGACAGCAGGCCAGGGGGCCUCCCUGGCAGUAGCUGUGAUGUAAGCAUGGCCCGAGAGCAUACGCAAGCCGUCACUCGCAACUACAUCACCCACCCCCGCAUCACCUACAGGACUGUGUGCAGUGUCAAUGGGCCUCUGGUGGUGCUGGACCAGGUCAAGUUUGCACAGUAUGCAGAGAUUGUGAACUUCACCCUCCCGGAUGGGACUCAGAGGAGUGGCCAAGUGCUUGAGGUGGCUGGGACCAAAGCCAUUGUUCAGGUGUUUGAAGGGACCUCUGGAAUUGAUGCCCAGAAGACAACUUGUGAAUUCACAGGGGACAUCUUACGGACUCCAGUGUCAGAGGACAUGCUGGGUCGAGUUUUCAAUGGCUCUGGCAAACCCAUUGACAAAGGGCCAGUGGUCAUGGCGGAGGAAUUUCUGGACAUCAAUGGCCAGCCCAUCAAUCCCCAUGACCGCAUCUACCCAGAGGAGAUGAUUCAGACAGGCCUCUCUCCCAUUGAUGUCAUGAACAGCAUUGCACGUGGUCAGAAGAUCCCCAUCUUCUCUGCAGCAGGGCUCCCUCACAAUGAGAUUGCUGCCCAGAUCUGCCGCCAGGCUGGGCUGGUGAAGAAAUCCAAGGCAGUGCUUGAUUAUCAUGAGGACAACUUCGCCAUUGUCUUUGCAGCUAUGGGGGUGAACAUGGAGACAGCCAGGUUCUUCAAGUCAGACUUUGAGCAGAAUGGAACCAUGGGAAACGUCUGUCUCUUUCUGAACUUGGCCAAUGACCCCACGAUUGAGCGGAUCAUCACCCCACGCCUGGCACUAACCACUGCCGAAUUCCUUGCCUACCAGUGUGAGAAGCACGUGCUGGUCAUCUUGACGGACAUGAGUUCCUAUGCAGAAGCCCUGCGGGAGGUCUCAGCUGCCAGAGAGGAGGUGCCCGGCCGCAGAGGCUUCCCAGGAUACAUGUACACAGACCUGGCGACCAUCUAUGAGAGAGCAGGCCGCGUGGAGGGCCGAGGAGGAUCCAUCACACAGAUACCCAUCCUCACCAUGCCCAAUGAUGAUAUCACCCACCCCAUCCCAGACUUGACAGGCUUCAUCACAGAAGGACAGAUCUACGUGGACAGACAGUUAUAUAACCGGCAGAUCUACCCGCCCAUCAACGUGCUCCCGUCGCUGUCAAGGCUGAUGAAGUCCGCCAUUGGGGAGGGCAUGACGAGGAAGGACCACGGCGAUGUCUCUAACCAGUUGUACGCCUGCUACGCCAUCGGGAAGGACGUGCAGGCCAUGAAGGCCGUGGUUGGGGAGGAAGCGCUCACCUCCGAAGACCUGCUCUACCUGGAAUUCCUGCAGAAGUUCGAGAGGAACUUCAUCAACCAGGGUUCCUACGAGAACCGCUCGGUGUUCGAAUCUCUGGAUCUGGGCUGGAAGCUGCUGCGCAUCUUCCCCAAGGAGAUGCUGAAGCGCAUCCCGCAGAGCGUGAUCGAAGAGUUCUACUCCCGCGAGGGGCCUGCGCAGGACCCCGCGGCCGACACGGCGCUCUAGCCGGCGCGGUGCUCCUCCGCGAGGUCCAGGACCGGAGCUCUCCCAGCCCUCCGGUACCCGCCGCCGGAUCCUCCACCUCCCCAUCUCCCGCACGCACCCCAGUUCACCUCUUCUGCGUCCCCUCGGCCCCCUGAAGGCGACCGGGGAGCCCAAGCUCCACCCUUCAACACAGAGAACGAAGGAGAAGUUACUAAGCCGGUGGCAUCAUGUUUUUUAUUUGAUUUGGGGGUUAGGGACCUUUUUCCUGUUUGAGGAGGUGGUGGAGAUGGAACUCAAGUUCUCCUUCAUGCUAAGUAAUCGAUCUAUUACUGAGCUAACCCCCACCCCCGAACCCUGUACUUUUAUUUUAAAAGAUGCACCCCUCACAAAAAAGAUGCACCCCAAGAACUGAGGUGAAUUUUAUCUUAGGUGAAAAAGAGAUUGGCAAAUAAUAAUAAUAAUAAUUGUUGAAGGUGCAGAUGGUGGAGCAGAUUCUACUAUUUUCUCUUUGUGUCUUAAAAGAGUUGAUAACAGAAUUCCCGAUUUCUUGAUAAACUUGCAUGGAGCUCAAGGCCACGGAAGGGACAACUUUCCACAAAGAAUGUGUUUGACUUUAAACGGCUCUGCCACGAGAUGCUGCAGACAGGGCGGGGGAGGGGGGGGGGGAGAUGGCCUGGCUUCUGGAAGGGACCUGAGGAUAUGGGCUGAGGAUAUGGGCGCAGAAGGCGAAUAAAAGUUCCCUAGUUAAGAAAUAGGUGAGGCAGGGCUGGGAAGGUGGCUCAGUGGUAGAGCGCUUGCCUUGCAUGUUUGAGACCCUGGGUUCA